UAUAUACAAUAAAUAAAAAUGUUUCAUUAUAAUAUUUUAUGAGUAUAUUAUGAGCUUUGUGGUAGUAACUGGUAUACGACAAGUGUGAUGCGUUAAACCGAAUACGACAAGAAUUAACAUAUUUUAAAUUUAUAAAUUUAAGAAAUUAUACAUGAGGUAAGAGCUUCCAACCUAAUAUAGUUAUGAAUAACUUGUUAAAAAACUAGAACUAGCUGCUGCUUAAUAUAUAAUAUUACAUUUUUUAAUUUAAGCAGUAUAAUAAUAGGUACUGCCUAAGAAUUUUUUUAGAUUUUUUGUAAGUAAUCGUUAUCAUUAUUAUUACUCGUCUAUGAUUUGUCAGCAUACCGGUUCACGUUAUCUUUGCUAUUAUCUGUCGGCAAAUUAAUGAUGAUAAUAAUAAUAAUAAUAGAAUAAUCCAUAUCCAUUUACCGUUUCGUUACUUCAGUACGAUUACUACGAUUUCCAAAUUGUAUAUUUAAGAAAUCCAUUGUCGUUGUUGUUGUUUUAUCAUUCAAUCUUUUUGUUUUAAAUUCUUUCAAAAAAUGUGCCGUUGUCUGUUGUCCAAGCGUCGUUUUUUGGUCGUCGUCGGCCGCACUUAUGACGUUUUAUACAGCCAUCAUCGUCUCCAACGAUUCUACUCGAACAGGAACGUGUUGAAAUUAUACGAACGACAAAUCUUACAAAACAUGUUUCCUGAUAACUCUAGCAAUGAAAUAAUUGAUUUAUUGACAAAAAAAAACCAAUGUGUUUAUGCUGGAUUUGACCCAACAGCGGACAGUUUACAUAUAGGAAACUUACUUGUCAUUAUAAAUCUAUUGCAUUGGCAACGCGCUAAUCAUAAAGUUAUAGCAUUGAUUGGUGGAGCUACAGCCCAAAUAGGUGAUCCAAGUGGAAAAUCAAAGGAUCGAGAUAAACAGUCUUCACAGACGCUGUCCCAUAAUAUUGAUGGCAUCACCCGUAGUUUACAAUCCAUAUUUGACAAUCAUGCCAAAUACUUUUGGAAACAAAAAGAUCCUCUGCCAGAACCAAUUAUAGUCAAUAACAUGGAAUGGUAUAAAGGGAUUGGUGUCAUUGACUUUAUGAACAAUAUUGGUCGAAAUUUCAGAAUGGGUACCAUGUUGUCUAGGGACAGUGUUAAAACUCGUUUAUCUGGUAGUGGGAUGAGUUUUACAGAGUUUACUUACCAGGCUUUUCAAGCUUAUGAUUGGCUACAUUUGUUUAAUGAAUACAAAUGUUCUUUUCAAAUAGGAGGAAAUGAUCAAAUGGGUAACAUUAUGUCUGGUCAAGAACUAAUUAGUCGAAAAAAAAAUGCUAAAGUUUAUGGACUUACAGUACCACUAAUAACUACAGAUUCUGGUGACAAGUAUGGUAAAUCAGCUCAAAAUGCUGUAUGGCUGAAUUCAGAUCGAACUUCACCUUUUGAACUAUACCAGUUUAUGAUACGCACAAUAGAUGCUGAUGUAGAAAAACUGUUAAAAAUGUUUACAUUCCUUUCAUUACCUGAAAUAGCUGAACUGAUGAGAAAACAUAAAGAAACACCUGAUAAACGAAUUCCUCAUGAAUCAUUGGCACGUCAAGUUACCACAUUAGUGCAUGGAGAAGCGGGGCUUCAAGAAGCAUUAGUAGCUACAUCAGCAUUAUAUGAUAACAGCAUUGAAACCCUUAGCACAUUAAGUGUUAAUGAUAUUUUAAAAAUAUUUAAUGGUGCAACUGUUGUUGAAUUAAUGCUUGAACCUGGCUUAACUGUAUUGAAAAUGGCAAUGAAAGCAAAAUGUUUUUUAACAGAGAGGGAUGCAUAUCGAAUAAUUUUAGCCGGUGGAUUUUAUAUUAAUCACCAGAGAAUAACCAAUAUAGAUGAAAUUGUUACUUUGUCUAUACACAUUUUACCGAAUAACAUUUCUAUAGUGAGAGUUGGUAAACGGAACUAUUGGAUUGUCAAAUGGAUAAUGUAAAAUAAAAAGUAUAGAUUUAGAUUACUGAAAAAGAAGAAUUGAUAUACUAGAUAAUAAAAUACAUUUUUGAAAAACAUAAAUAAA